AUGGCCCCGACAUCACACUUCUACACCAACAAUGGCGCCCCACAGAACGGCGCCGUCGUCCCUGCGGGAGCGGGAAAUGUGCCGCCACAGCACUCCUGCUUGCUCGACCCCAACGAGUUCCGCCAGCAGGGCCACCAGGUCAUCGACUUCAUCGCCGACUACUACGCCCGCAUGGACGACUACCCCGUGCACCCCAGCGUCAACCCUGGCUUCCUGCGCCACCAGCUCCCCGCGAACGCACCGUCGCGUCCGGAGUCCGACGCGUUCGGUACCGCGCUGCGAGACGUCCGUGACCUUAUCCUGCCUGGCAUGACGCACUGGCAGAGCGCCCGCCACUUCGCGCACUUCCCCGCGUCAAGCAGCACCGUCGGUGCCCUCGGCGAGGCCCUCACAGCCGGCAUCAACGUCGUUCCUUUCACGUGGGCCGCCUCGCCAGCCGCCACGGAGCUGGAGAUGGUCGUCGUGGACUGGCUCGGCAAGGCGCUCCACCUGCCCGAGAGCCUGAUGUUCUGCGGCGGCGGAGGAGGCACGCUUCUCGGCACCACGUGCGAGGCCAUCCUCUGCGCCAUUGUCGCCGCGAGGGACCGGAAGCUCGCGGACAUCGGUAGCGAGAGGAUCGGAGACCUCGUCGUGUACUGUUCCGACCAGACACACUUCGCCUUCCGCAAGGCAGCACAUAUAGCUGGCAUCCACCGCGACAACUGCCGCGCGAUCGCCACGUACCGUGACGACAUGUUCGCGCUCUCGCCAACCGAGCUGCAAGCCGCCAUGCAAGCGGACGUGGACGCCGGGCUGGUCCCGCUCUUCCUGUGCGCGACGGUCGGAACCACUCAGACCACGGCCGUGGACCCUAUCCGAGAGCUGUGCGCCGUCGCGGCGACGCACGGUGUCUGGGUCCACGUGGAUGCGGCCUACGCGGGCUCGGCGCUCGUCUGCCCGGAGUUCCGCCACUUGAUCGACGGCGCCGAAGCCGUGGACUCCUUCAGCAUGAAUGCUCACAAGUGGCUUCUGGCCAACAACGACUGCUGCGUUCUCUGGGUGAAGAAGCCAUCGCUGCUCAUCGCGGCGCUCGGCACGGAGCAGGAGUACAUCCUCAAAGACGCGGCCGCUGAGGGGCACGACGUCGUGGACUACAAGGAUUGGUCUGUGACGCUGACCCGCCGGUUCCGCGCGCUGAAACUGUGGCUCGUGCUCCGCUGCUAUGGCGUCGAGGGCCUGCGCGACCACAUCCGCGGCCAUGUCGACAUGGCUGUGUCGUUCGAGGAGAUGGUGAAGGCCGACCCACGCUUCGAAGUGAUGGCAACGAGGCAGUUCGCACUCGUGUGCUUCAGGCUCCGGGCGCCGGAGGAGUUGGGUGGCCCGAAGGCGGCCAAUGACCUCAACCGGAGGCUCCUCGAGGAGGUAAACGCGACUGGCUCCGGGCCGUACAUGAGUUCCGCAAAUGUGGGUGGCAUCUAUAUGCUCAGGUGCGCCAUCGGGAGCACGCUUACGGAGGAGCAACACGUCCGCGCGGCGUGGAAGGUUGUGCAGGACCGUGCUGCUUCCCUCCUUCGUAAAAUGGAGAGUAUCAACGCCGUUGCUUAA